ACUGUAGUGCGGUUAGGAGCUGAAUGCUUGGGUUUUAUUAAUGGUGUUUCAGGGAAACUUCACAGAGAGCUGUAACAAAAAAAAAGACAAGGUGUCUUGCCAUAGGUGUUCGUGGUUUCAAUCCGGUUUUGAUUUAGAGCUCGCUCAGCAGUAAGAGAGAAGCAUCUGUCCACAUUAAAAGAUAAACUUUAUUUCAUGUAUCACUUUCGCUAUGAAAUAUAGGACAAAACAGAGAACCGGCUGAUUUACAGAAGGAUGGAUGGAGGCAUGGCCAGAUGGAAGUUUGAAGUGUAGGCGUGAACCUAAAGCGCUCCAGAACACGGGAUCACAUAAUUUAAGAGUGCCCUGCGACAGUAAGCCUCAUUCCCAAAAAAACCUCAGUUAAAUGUGUGGAGAAAUAACUCAUAAUUUGGACAAAUAGAAAACACUUCCACACCAUCUGUGACACUACUGGGAAAGCAAAACACACAAGCCUAUUCUACAGCGGGCAACACGCAAUGGCUGUACACGACGCAGGCAGUCAUCCUGUAAAUAUUUCCGAGCAGAAAAACAUAACAGCGGAGCGAACACUCAAUUGUUUUCCCUGCUUAUCUCUCUGGGACAGUAUCCUGCUUUUUUGAAGGCAGGGCUUUCGGUGACACACAGCUUCCUCUUCAACCUUCUCAACAGUGGUGACUUCACUUCCCAAAUUUAGAAGGAGAGAAAAAACUCAAUCCGGUAAAAAGUGUCUCUUUCUCCCCGCCACAUACCGGGGGGCUGGAAUUAAUUCAGGAGCGUGUCAUGUUUGGGAUAUUGUCGGGGUCCGCUGAAAAUUGCGCAAAAUGGACGGAACUAUUAAGGAGGCGCUAUCAGUGGUGAGUGAAGACCAGUCCCUAUUUGAGCCUCCGUACGCUGCUGCUGCCCCUCUCCCCAAGACAGACAUGACUGCAUCUGGCACACAGGACUACGGCCAGACCCACAAAAUCAACCCCUUACCCCCACAGCAGGAGUGGAUCAACCAGCCAGUGAGGGUCAACGUCAAGAGAGAAUAUGAACACAUGAAUGGAUCCAGCAGGGAGUCUCCAGUUGACUGCAGUGUGGGUAAAUGCAAUAAGCUUGUGGUGGGUAAUGACACAUCUCAGAUGAACUAUGGAAACUACAUGGAUGAGAAGAAUGCCCCUCCCCCCAACAUGACCACCAAUGAGCGGAGAGUCAUUGUACCUGCAGACCCCUCCUUGUGGUCUCAGGACCAUGUGCGCCAGUGGCUGGAGUGGGCCAUCAAGGAGUACGGCCUGUUAGAGAUCGACACGGCCAUGUUUCAGAACACAGACGGCAAAGAGCUCUGCAAGAUGGGCAAGGACGACUUUCUUCGGCUCACCACCAUGUACAAUGCCGAAGUGCUUCUCUCUCAUCUCAAUUACCUCAGGGAAAGUAGCUCAUCAUUAUCCUACAACACGCCAUCUCACACAGACCCAUCCCCACGUCUGGUUGCCAAAGAGGACCCUUCAUAUGAUGCUGUACGGCGGGCAGGAUGGUCAAACAACAUGCACAGUGGCAAAGGUUCACCGGUGGUUACUCAGAAUGUGACCAAGUCCACUGAGCAGCCCAGACCUCAGCCAGAUCCUUACCAGAUUCUGGGUCCCACCAGUAGUCGCCUAGCCAAUCCAGGUUCAGGUCAGAUCCAACUGUGGCAGUUCCUCCUGGAGCUCCUGUCCGACAGCGCCAACGCUGGCUGCAUCACCUGGGAGGGCACCAACGGCGAGUUCAAGAUGACUGACCCGGACGAGGUGGCGCGGCGCUGGGGCGAGCGCAAGAGCAAGCCCAACAUGAACUACGACAAGCUGAGCCGUGCGCUGCGCUACUACUAUGACAAAAACAUCAUGACCAAGGUGCACGGCAAGCGCUACGCCUACAAGUUCGACUUCCACGGCAUCGCUCAGGCACUGCAGCCGCACCCCACCGAGUCCUCCAUGUAUAAGUACCCCUCGGACCUAGCCUAUGUGCCUUCCUACCACACCCACCAGCAGAAGGUCAACUUUGUAUCCCCACAUCCUCCAUCCAUGCCCGUCACCUCCUCCAACUUCUUUGGACCCACCGCUCCAUACUGGAGCUCGCCAACUGGAGGCAUCUACCCCAACCCAAAUGUUCCCCGCCACCCGAACACCCAUGUGCCGUCCCACCUGGGUAGUUACUACUAAACACCCCACUGUGACCAUCCACCACCCUCUACAAACACCAACAACAAAGCCCACAAUUGAUGACCUGCACCCCCAAUGCCUCCGACCCGAUGAAGACUGAGUUAGAGGCUGAGAUAGAAGCAUUUGUCCUCUGAAAAAAUCUUGCUCGUAAAUGGAUGAUCAAAUCUAAGGAUUCUUUUUAAAUUUUAUUUGUAAGAAUCUAUAAACAACUGGAUUCUAUGGUCCAAAAUGGAAUACUACUUACCUUUACCAGACUAGCAACUAUUCGUUUAUGCUUUUUUGAUGCGCGUCUGAGUUUCCUACUUUCCAAAACAUCCCCAAACAAAGCAGGACAGGAGAACAACUUGAGUCUGUCUCCCUUCUCGCCAUGCUUCAGUGCCAGACAUGGGCCUAUUUUUUAUGGGUCUCAAUCUACAUCCUCCUCAGUACAUUAUGUACAUUACGCUUUAAGCAUCUGACUUUCAUGCUUGUUGGGGUUUUCUAUUCCCACCACAUCUAGCCUUCUGUUUCCACUGUCUCCGCCUGUUCGUCUGCAACUUGUUAUGUGUGUGUGGAGAGUCUUCUGGAAUUCGCUGGACAAGAAGGAGCUCUCAAAGAGUUAAACUUUUCUCAGCACUGAAUGAAAUUUGGCAACUGGAAUAUGCCAUUCACAAUUUUAUUUAUCCUCCAAAACUGGAAAGCUAGAGAAGAGUAAAAUUCCGGAGAAGGAAGCGCUGUAUGUUUUGCUGGCCUGGGUCAACUUAGUUACUUUAAAUGCUUUCUGUGUGUUGUGCGUGUGGAGCUCAAGAUGGGCGACGUGUACAGUUGACUUGACUGUGCUGGGGAAGCUGAGUCGAGAUGUAAUUGAAGUAAUUUGCAACAGUAAUUCAACCCAGGUCAGAUGUUUUCAGGGGGCCACACACUAGGCUAUUAAAUGUUUGCCAUGUUGUUGCCUUUCAGCCAUGCCAUUUCCAGAUGUUUUGUUGCUCGACCAU